UGAUGUAGCAGACUGCGUUACGCGGUGGAAUAAACAGCCUCGUCUUCUUGGGACUGACUGAUUCUGCUGAGUACGUUGGCUCUGUUGGCUCUGUGACGAGGGUCCUCUGACUGCCCUCUCCGUUCAUUUCUUCCUGUGACGACGGUAGAGGAUUCACUCAGUCCUCCGACUACCCUCUGCUCCUCUCCGAUCCUCUCCUCCCUUGACGAGGGUACAGGAUUAACUCAGUCCUCUGACUGCCCUCUCCUCCUCUACAUUCCUCUCUUUUCCUCUUCUCUGUUCCUCUCUUUCUGUGACGAGGGUACAGGAUUUAAUUAUUAUUAUUAUUUAUUUUUUAACGUUUAUUUAACUAGUCAAGUCUUAAAGAACAAAUUCUUAUUUUCAAUGACGGCCUAGGAACAGUGGGUUAACUGCCUCGUUCAGGAUUUACUCAGUCCUCUGACUACAGACGAGACCCUGUCCUCGUCUAUUCAUUGGACUGAUUGGAAGGUACAGUAAAUUGAUGGAACAGCAGCGGGGUGCAGGCGCUCCAGAGGGUGUGGUGUUGGGGGUGCUGACCCCUCCCGUCAGGAGGAGCAGUAAAUUGGCCAGUCUUGGACAGAUCUUUAAACCCUGGAAAUGGAGGAAAAAGAGGAACGGCAAGAUCCAACAGAACUCCACAGUGGGAAUCGAACCCACAACCCUGGCCGUUGCGCUGUGUGUUUCAGCUUUAGAGCGGACCCGGGAUGAACUGGCCAAUAGGGGCCUGGAGGGGAUUGAACCAGAGUUUUGUGAGGCGUGUGGGGGGUUAGAAGACCCUGACACUCCCAGCCAAUCUGACGCAGAGGAGAGAGAGGAGGAGGAGCCUUUGGCGCCCCUGGCAACCACCUCAGAGUACCUGGUCAGCGAUGAAGACAACCCAUCUACAGCUGUUGAUCUGACAGAAGACACUUUGACAGUGGCGGACCAGAGUGAGGACGGAGGGGAGGAGGACACCUCCCUCUGUGAGCCCUGUGUGGAAAGCUUUCUGGUACAGGCUGAGACAGGAGGGGGGCAGGAGACACCUCACCCCAUGGACCCCCCAUGGGACCUCCCACACCCCAACCUACCCAAACUACUUACCAGGCUGGGCAGCCUAGAGGGUCCUCACCCCUUCCCUAAGUCGGAUCCUAACCUAGAGAGGAAGAAGUCUCCAGCCACUCUACCCAGGAACUUCACUUUGCCCAGGACUACCCAGGGUUCCUUGCUGCGAGGACGGAUCUCCACCCCUACCGGUUCCCCUCACCUGGGGGCACUGCGACCCCCACCGCCCCCCAGCUGUAUUAUAGAGGAGCUACAUCGGGCCCUGGCCACCAAACACAGACAGCACAGUUUCCAACCGAAGGAAAUGAGCUCUUCUCCGAAGCUUCGGUACGACAGUCGUCUGGCGCGUACAGCCAGCGUGGAGAAAGUCCCAACCGGAGGGAUGGAGAGAGAGAAGGAAUCAGACGAGAACAAGGAGAACAGACGUCUAGAUGAAUUCUACAACGACCCUGACCGCUGGAAUGACUCUGUCAUCUCCGGCACCCUGCCGCGGCGGAUGCGUAAGGAGUUGUUAACGGUGAAGCUUCGUAACCGGCCCAGUCAGCAGGAGCUGGAGGACAGAAACAUCUUCCCUGUUCGCUCAGACCUGGAGAGACAGGAGACACGACAGCACAUAGAGACCAAGCUGGCCAAGCGGCUGAGCCAGAGACCCGCGGUAGAGGAGCUGGAAAGUCGGAACAUCCUCAAACAGAGGAACGACCAGUCAGAGCAGGAGGAGAGGAGAGAGAUCAAACAGAGACUCAACAGGAAGUUGAACCAGCGUCCUACAGUAGAUGAGUUGAGGGACAGGAAGAUACUGAUUCGUUUCAGUGACUAUGUUGAGGUGGCCAAGGCUCAGGACUACGACCGCAGGGCAGACAAACCCUGGACCAGGCUGUCUGCUUCAGACAAGGCAGCAAUAAGGAAGGAGCUGAAUGAGUUCAAGAGCAACGAGAUGGAGGUUCACAAUUCCAGCAAGCACCUGACAAGGUGAGUCUGAGGUUCCAUCGACCGUAGUGUAGAGGUAGUUUCUUCUGUGAAGAACCAGCUGUGUGGUCAGUGUAGACGAUGUGACAGUCUCCUGUUCCCAGGCCCAGUCUCCUGUUCCCAGGCCCAGUCUCCUGUUCCCGGAUGUUCGACCUACAGAUUUCUGUCUGUCUCUCUACCAACAUGGAGGAGCUGUCUGUCUCUCUGUGUGUCACAAUGGAGGCUAUGUCUCUAGAGCUGGAGCCCAGGAAAGAUAAAAUCAGACUGAUAAACUCUUAAAGGAACUAUUAGCACGUCAAUGUGUGCUGUUUCCUGGAUGUCAUCCAAUGAGAAAAAGACUCCUGGAUGCCAUCCAAUGAGAAAAAGACUCCUGGAUGCCAUCCAAUGAGAAAAAGACUCCUGGAUGCCAUCCAAUGAGAAAAAGACUCCUGGAUGUCAUCCAAUGAGAAAAAGACUCCUGGAUGCAAUCCAAUGAGAAAAAGACUCCUGGAUGCAAUCCAAUGAGAAAAAGACUCCUGGAUUCCAUCCAAUGAGAAAAAAGACGAAUGAAGAAGACGGCACCACUUACUAGUUCACAAGUCGUUUCUCUCAAUUCACUCUAAGCCAGCAGUCUGAACGAAUCAGAAUCAGAAAACUUUAUUGCUACGCAACAAAUGUUGCUAAGAAUUUUCUCUCUAUGUCAAUGAUCUUAACCGCUAGGCUACUUGCCGCCAGAUAAAAGUUCAAACGGAUGAGACAUCCCAUCCCCCCCCAAACUGCUGGUGUGGAAUAAACUGAUAGAAAUGAUGUCGUCUGUGAGUGCUGGUCAUCUUGUUUCGUAGUGGAGUUGGAUCGUUUGGAUUAGUCAAAAGGGAGGAACUAUGAAGAGCCUUCAUCUUAGCCCAGUGGAACCAGCCCAAAGGGAGGAACUAUGAAGAGCCUUCAUCUUAGCCCAGUGGAACGAGCCCAAAGGGAAAGGCUAGAAUGAUAUGUGGAGUGAAACAGAAUGGUGAAGGAAACGAUCAGACUUGUUUCACCAGGGUACCUCCAACCUGCUCAGACAGGGAUCAGACUUGUUUCACCAGGGUACCUCCAACCUGCUCAGAGACAGGGAUCAGACUUGUUUCAUCAGGGUACCUCCAACCUGCUCAGAGACAGGGAUCAGACUUGUUUCACCAGGGUACCUUCAACCUGCUCAGAGACAGGGAUCAGACUUGUUUCAUCAGGGUACCUCCAACCUGCUCAGAGACAGGGAUCAGACUUGUUUCACCAGGUUACCUCCAACCUGCUCAGAGGAAACAUCUUUUCUCCUUCAGAGGAACAUCUGAACAUUUUGUCUCAUAAACUUGUUUCUACAAGUCAGGGGAUGGAGGAGACGCCAGGUUACGUCUCAAAUGGCACCCAGUUCCCUAUAUAGUGCACUACUUUAGACCAGGGUUCCCUAUAUAGUGCACUACUUUAGACCAGGGUUCCCUAUAUAGUGCACUACUUUAGACCAGGGUUCCC